AUGCUGAUCAUAUUCAUUCUCUUUUCCCCCUACACGUGUGUGAUUCUAGCUUCAAUCUACAAUUCUGCAAACAACUCUGCAUUCAACUCUCCAGCAGGAAUGCUUGGUCACCAGCAGUUGCCUUCCUUAUCUCCUCAGCCACCGCAUUUGGGUUUAGGUUUGAAUUCAGGAUAUAACAGCAACAGUAAUGACUUUACUCCCUCAAAUUCACCUUCACCGCCAUUAAGCUCAGCGGGUAUCAGGUUACCCAAUGCACCGCUUUCCGAUAUCGCAGAGUAUCGCAGUAACAGUGGCAAUAUGAACGGUGAAUAUAACAGCGGCGAGUAUAUUGAGUACAAUGAGUACGAUCGUAACAGCAAUGAACCAGAACUGGGGUAUUCAGAGUCAUACGACUCUCCAUACCUGAACAACUAUAAUCGUCUUCCCACCUCGGUAUCUCCCUCACCUCACCCUCGUACUCCACAUUCCCUUCCACUCCCACUCAGCUCCACCAAUUCGCCCUAUUUAGGCUCGUCUCACCUUGGCUCUCCACAUUUAGGUUCCCCACAUCUCGGUUCGCCGGGGAACAUGGUUCCUAGUCCACUUGCAGAGGCUCAACUCCUUCAAUCCCAGGCGUCAGCGGGGAGCUCUAAUGGAAGCACGAGCACAUUGAUGGAUAUAUCCUCUUCGCCUGAAACUUUGGUCAACCCAGACUCCGCUGGUACAAAAAUUUCUCCGAUGUUAAUGCCACCUUCUUUGAGCCGAGAAUUCACUGCUCCUGUUGGCAGCGGCCAACGCAAUAAAUCACACACUAUAAGUACCAGUACCCCGUAUGAAGCGUAUCUGAAUGCUUCCAGGGAGGCGAGAGGUCAAGAGAGGAUGAUGUAUGGCACUCCUCGUGAACGAAGUGGGUCCGUGUCGUCUGCUUAUUCGACGCACUCCGCGAGCUCUGCAAGUUCGGCCCAUUCUUCGCGCGCAUCUUCCAUCCUUCUCUCUGCUCGUUCAGUGCAUGCGUCAUUGCCUGAAAUCGAAGGCGAGGAUACUGUGCUGGUCAGCGUGAGUGGGUCGAUGGAUGAGCUGCAUAUGGGCCUGGGUGGUUUGCAUGAGAUGCACGAAACCUUGGAUCCAUCUGUCUUGCAUGGAGAGAGGGUUUGA